AUGGCAGGAACAGGAGUUCCGCCAAUCAACAUCGAGGGCACCGCUGAUUGGUCAUCCUUGAGUAGGAUGAUGAACAGCAAGGGGAUUCAAUUCUCCAAAGCGAGGACGGCGGGUACCAGUGUGAAGGUAUUCACAAAUACACCAGCUGACUACCGUCAGCUAGUCGCACUGCUUGAAUCCAUCAAGCGGCCCUUCUUCACAUAUCAACUGAAGGAGGACAGGAUGGACCAGAGGGUCAUUCGUGGGCUUCCGAGAGAGAUGUCAGUCAAUGACAUCAAAGAGGAUCUGGAGAGCCAAGGCAUCGCAGACGCCGUGGUUCAGCAGCUGACCUCAAGGACCACAAAGAAGCCACUUCCGCUCUUCCUCGUCAAGACGAAGAUGCCGGAAAAGCUUGCAGAGAUCCAGAGGCUGGCCAUGCUCACGGUCAGCUUCGAGAGGAAGAAAAAGUCUUCCGAGCCCAGCCAGUGCUACCGCUGCCAGCGGUACGGGCACACACAGCGGAACUGCCGUCUCGCUGAACGGAACUCACAACAAAACAAUAAAAAACUAACAAAUAGGUUAGGCUACGCUGUAGCGACCUUGUACUUCCCGCGCGAUGAUCGCGAACACGAUGUGUAUAUUGCUCCUGGCAGCGACCGCGACCGAAACGCUUACAGCUACCGAUCAGUGGUUACCGAUACCGAUACUUCCAAACAGCGAUCUGGGUCGCUGCUUCAUGGAGAAUAA